AGUAUCGUCUUAGUGUUGACUAACGCACCGCACGAGAGGUUUUUACAUUUCUGUCGGUCGUGAAAAAGUCGUGUGUGUGUGUGUGUUUGUGUUAGGCUACGGAUUGAGCAGUGACGGGUUGAAGUUGAAUCAAAGAGCGAAAGUGUCAAUAAACGAAAUAGACGCAAAAACUUACCAAGCUAAAAAUUGUUCAUUGACAGUAUUUCGUAAUGUCUGAUCUUGGAAGUGGAGAUGAAGGCAUCUCAGGAGGAUCAAAAUAUAAUGUCGCUAAUAUGGAGGGUUCCUCAAGCAGAAACGAUUUCGAUUCCUCUGGCAAAGGUGGCGGAACAGUGGAACAGGAACUGGCUACAAAGAUGCUUCAAAUACAAUCAAAGCGAUUCUAUCUAGAUGUAAAACAAAAUCGGCGCGGGCGUUUUAUUAAAGUAGCCGAGAUUGGUGCUGAUGGCAGACGAAGUCAAAUAUAUUUGGCCCUUUCAACUGCAGCCGAAUUUCGCGACCACUUAUCAUCCUUUAGUGAUUACUAUGCAUCACUAGCUGGUCAAAACACAGGCCCUCCGAACACAGACAAUUUGCCGGAGGAUGGUAAAUUGAAGUCCGAAAUGAUGAUCAAAGAUUAUAGAAGAUAUUAUUUGGAUCUGAAGGAGAAUGCCCGCGGUCGUUUUCUUCGGGUAUCACAAACCAUAACAAGGGGUGGACCUCGAUCGCAAAUCGCAUUACCAGCUCAAGGAAUGAUCGAGUUUCGAGAUGCGCUUACAGACUUGCUGGAAGAGUUUGGGGCUAAUGAUGGAGGGUUUAAAGGGGAUUUGCCCGAAGAGCGUCAUAUGAAAGUCGAUAAUAAAAACUUUUAUUUUGAUAUUGGACAAAAUAAUCGUGGAGUCUAUAUGCGGAUAAGUGAAGUGAAAAAUAAUUUUCGAACCUCAAUUACUAUCCCAGAAAAGUGCUGGAUACGCUUUCGUGAUAUUUUUAAUGAUUACUGCGACAAAAUGAAGAAAACGUCCGACCCAAUCACUGCCGACAUUAAUCUACCGACAUCUGCAAAUAGUCUUAAAUAAAGGGUAUUGGAGAGAAGCCGAUUUAAGAAAUUUUAAGCGAUGAGUGCAUCAUUCUUGGCUCCUAACCAACGCAAGAGCUUAUCAAAAGUGACGGAAAAAAUUAAAAAGCUUGCAAUGUUCGAAAGAACUAAACCUUAAAAUAUGUGAAUGUUUCAGCUUGAAAAGAAAAAAAACAAAAACAUAAUAUACAUAAACACCCACACACAGUAGCAUUUAGCGAAUGACGUAUUAGUAUUUUUUAGUUUAUGUAUUAUAAUAUAGUUUAACUAAAUCAACUAGCGUUGAAGUAGAGACAAUUUGAACCUAACCAACCAACUCAAACACAAUCGAAUGAAUUAACUUGUAUGUAAGCGUACUCAGUCAGAAUUACAUACAUACCUCAGCCAAGCCACUCUAAACGUCUCUUACAAUGGCUACAAUUGUUAUUGAUUAACAUAAAUGAAUGACGCUGCUUAAAAGCGUCUGGAAAAUGUAAAAAAAUGAAUUAGUUAUUUUUGACUAUGCUUGAUUGAUUGAUGAUCUGAUUGAUUUAUCUGCCUAAAUUGAUGUACAUACGUCUUACCGUUGCUUUGGCCGAUACUAGAAACAAGCCAUGGGAUAUAUUUCUUGCGAAAUCUCAUGGGAGAUGUAUGUACAUAUGUAGCUAAUUGAUAGAUUAUGUCUCAAUCUUAAUCAGGUUAAUGCCACUUGGAAACUUUCAUAGUAAAUACAUAUGUACGUUGCAAAUUGUUAAAGCUUCUAGAAAUAAUAUGUUAUAUAUUACAAAAUAUGUAUCUUAAAAUAACUCCUAAAAGCGUUUUUAAAACAAAAGUUUCAAUGUGAUCACGUAGAAUAAAAAUUCUUAGAUACGAUAAAAAUGCAUAGCAAACUAAAUUAUAAUAACAUAACUUGAUAGUGCAACACAGACACAUCCACAUCCCAGUCGUUGUUCGCAGGUGGAUUUUAUUUGAAAGCAAAAAACGAGUCCAUAAAUAGCUACGCGACAAAUUAUCUAUUUGCUGGAGUUUAUCUAUUGACAUCAAUGUGUAUGUUUGGAUCUGGUAUCUGCAUACGAGUAUAUUAAUGUAUCUAUAUUUGGAUGCAGUGUAUAAAUUAAUUAUUUAGUCUUUAAUGUAUUAUGUAUGACUUUUCAGCUUUUAAGUUAAAUGAGAAUUGCCAUUGAAUUAUUAUCGUAAGAUUAUGAAAACGGGCGCUACUUCAUUACAUAAAAGAACAAAAAAAAAUUGUACAUGCAUAAUGUGUGUUAAAUUGUUACAUUAAAACGAACAUUGGAAUAAACCUACGCGCAUGCGAUAUAGAGCCGGAGAUGAAGGCGAAGCUAAAAAUCGGAGUCGGAGCCAUAAACUCUCCAUACUCUUAUAUUUACCUGGUAAAUAUAAGCUAACAUAGAUAUGACAAAGAUAUAAAACUAUAUAUUUAAAACCCAGAAAGUUUAUCUUCAAUGUUGUUUGGCAAGAAUACAUAUUGUAUAUUUUAAGAGUUAUGUGAAAGUACUAUGGAAAUAAAGUUGAAACUCAAUAAUAUAGGAACGAUAAGUGUGUCCAUAUUUGUAAAGGAUAUAGAAAAUUCAACAAUUGUAAUGGAAUGGAUUUUUUUUUCUUGGUUUUGGAUUGCAAAAAUAAAUCGCCUAUUUCCCACUCUA